GACUGUUGGGAUCCCAUCAAAGGAAGGGUAUAAAUAUAAGACACGAGGACACAGACAGGAGAAAAUUCCACUGUAUGGAGCCACAACUCCUGGUAACAGAUGCUGCGAGCAGUGACAGACUCAAGCAUAUACAGUCUAUGUAGUGUGUAGGGCCUGGCUCCAGGGCUUCCCUUGUGCUCCCAUGCAGAGAGGGCCCCCAGGGGAGCUGACGCCAGCUGAGACUGAAAAACAAGGGUCUAAUAUCUAAGUCGCGCCAUGGUGGAGGAGAACCUGGAGACAGAUGGCCCCAGAUCCUCCAUGCCAGCUGAGCUCCACCAUCCCCACUCUAAGUACGCUCAGUGGAAGUUUAAACUGUUUAGGGUGAGGUCCAUGGAGAAGGCCCCUUUGCCCGGUGAGAGCCAACCUGAUACAGGAGUCUUGUUAGGGAUCUCACCUCCUGCAGCUCCAAAAAUAGAUUUAGAUAAUGGUGUGGGUCCAGGUAGUGUUAUGAAAUUGUGCCUUGGGGGAAAAAGCAAGGAGAAUGUGGAAGGCCCCGGCCGGAGGGUAGAUAAGAAGCUGCAGGAAAUGGACACCCACAUGAACCACCUCAGGUGUCUCUGCCGUCUCUGUGGAGUGACCCUGAGGAAAGUCAAGGGACCACUGCAUGAGGUUCAUGGGGAUCUGGACGAGGCAAGUAAAGGUGCCCUGCGUAAAAUGGGCUGCAAGUUUAAGAGCUGGCCAGAGGUCAUCCUCAAAGUCUUCAAAGUGGACGUGACCGAGGACACAGAAUCUGUCCACCCCCUUUCCUUCUGCCAUCGCUGCUGGAUGGCCGCCAUACGAGGAGGGGGUUUCUGCAGCUUCUCCAGAAUAAAAGUCCCAGAGUGGAAACCCCACUCUUCCCUCUGCCACCUUUGCUCCCCCAAGAAAAGCUCAUUCCAGCGGACUGGGAGGAAGAGGAGGAAGACCAUUCCCCGAGCCCAGAGCCUGGCGAAGAGGAGCAGGCGGGAGCACGCUGACAUCAUCGCCGUGGGAGAGAGGAGAGUUCUGAGACCGUUUGGGGACCGCCAUCAUGGCCUGGCGCUCAGGGGCUGGAGGAAACCCAGUGUCCAGAGAGAGAAAUGGGUGAGGAACAUUACCCACUGCCAGAAAGACCACCUGAGCACUAAGCUGAUCUCUGAGAAGCUCCCUGUGGACUUCCUCUAUUCUUUCACCUGCCUGGUGUGUGACCACCUGCUCUUUGAUCCAGUUCAGUCCCCCUGUGGGCACCUUUUCUGCCGCAGCUGUAUUAUAAAAUAUAACCACGUUCUGGGACCUCACUGCCCGGCCUGCAACUUGCCCUGUGCCCCUGAUGAUCUCACCUCGCCUGCCAAAGCCUUUUUAUCAGCUCUCCAUUCCCUGCCUCUGCUUUGCCCCAGAGGCGGCUGUGGAGAGCAGGUCAGGCUAGACUCAUUUAAAGCUCACUGUCUGGAUCAUGAGCUGAGUGAACAGGAUGCAAACAAGCAGUCAUCAGAACUCGACAGCUACUUGCUAGCCAAUAAAGGGGGAAGACCCCGUCAGCACUUGCUGUCUCUAACCCGGCGUGCCCAGAAGCAUCGGCUGAGGGAUCUGAAGAACCAGGUGAAGGUGUUUGCAGACAAAGAGGAAGGUGGCGACCUGAAGUCUGUGUGUCAGACACUAUUCCUGCUUGCGCUGCGAUCUGGGAAUGAGCACCGGCAGGCAGACGAGCUCGAGGCCAUGAUGCAAGGCAGAGGCUUUGGGCUGCAUCCCGCGGUGUGCUUGGCCAUUCGGGUGAACACUUUCCUGAGCUGCAGCCAGUAUCACAAGAUGUACCGGACUGUCAAAGCCACCAGUGGCCGCCAGAUAUUUCAGCCCCUGCACACCCUCCGAGCCGCGGAGAAGGAGCUUCUCCCUGGCUUUCACCAGUUUGAGUGGCAGCCAGCUCUCAAGAAUGUGUCCACGUCUUGCAACGUUGGCAUUAUUAAUGGGCUCUCUGGAUGGGCUGCCUCGCUGGAUGACUCCCCGGCCGACACCAUCACUCGGCGGUUUCGCUAUGAUGUGGCACUGGUGUCAGCAUUAAAAGAUCUGGAGGAGGACAUCAUGGAGGGGCUGAGAGAGAGUGGGAUGGAAGACAGCGCUUGCACCUCAGGCUUUAGUGUCAUGAUCAAGGAAUGUUGUGAUGGCAUGGGUGAUGUCAGUGAAAAACACGGUGGAGGACCAGCCGUUCCUGAGAAGGCUGUACGCUUCUCUUUCACCGUUAUGUCUGUCUCUGUCCUGGCAGACGACGACAGGCGGGAGGUUACCAUCUUCACCGAGCCAAAGCCAAACUCAGAGCUGUCCUGUAAGCCCCUUUGCCUGAUGUUUGUGGAUGAGUCAGACCAUGAGACACUCACAGCUGUCCUGGGGCCUAUAAUAGCAGAGCGUAACGCAAUGAAAGAGAGCAGGCUCAUCCUACCCAUAGGAGGCCUGCCUCGCUCCUUCCGCUUCCACUUCAGAGGCACAGGAUACGAUGAGAAGAUGGUGAGAGAGAUGGAGGGCCUGGAAGCCUCGGGCUCCACGUAUAUCUGUACUCUGUGUGACUCCAGUCGGGCAGAGGCCUCUCAAAACAUGGUGCUGCACUCCAUCACCCGCUCUCACGAAGAGAACCUGGAGCGUUACGAAAUAUGGAGAACCAACCCCUUCUCUGAGUCUGUGGAGGAGCUGCGAGACAGAGUCAAAGGGGUCUCUGCGAAGCCCUUCAUGGAGACCCAGCCCACACUUGAUGCAUUACACUGUGACAUUGGCAAUGCCACAGAGUUCUACAAAAUCUUCCAGGAUGAGAUAGGGGAGGUGUACCAAAAGGUCAACCCCAGCCGAGAGGAGCGGCGCAGCUGGAGGGCAGCCCUAGAUAAACAGCUGAGGAAGAAGAUGAAGCUUAAACCCAUAAUGAGGAUGAAUGGGAACUACGCCCGCAGGCUAAUGACCCUGGAGGCUGUGGAGGUGGUGUGCGAGCUGGUGCCCUCGGAGGAGAGGAGGGAGGCCCUGAGGGAGCUCAUGAGGCUCUACCUCCAGAUGAGGCCUGUGUGGCGUGCCACCUGCCCAGCCAAGGAAUGCCCCGACCAGCUGUGCCGCUACAGCUUCAACUCCCAGCGCUUUGCUGACCUCCUAUCCUCUACCUUCAAAUAUAGGUACAAUGGAAAGAUAACCAAUUACCUUCACAAGACCCUGGCCCAUGUGCCCGAAAUCAUAGAGAGGGAUGGAUCCAUCGGAGCCUGGGCCAGCGAGGGGAACGAGUCGGCGAACAAGCUGUUCAGGCGUUUCCGGAAGAUGAAUGCACGUCAGUCAAAGGCCUACGAACUGGAGGACGUGUUGAAACAUCACUGGCUCUACACCUCCAAGUACUUGCAGAAGUUUAUGGAGGCUCACAAGGACUCUGUCAAAGCCCUACAAGCUACUAUUGACCCAGUAGAGACACAGGAUGAUGAGGACAUGUCUCUGGAAUUGAAUGAUUUUUGAUUUAAUGUGAAAUGUGUAAUGUGUGUACAUGCAUUGAUUCAUGUUUAGAAUAAGAAUUGUCAUAAUACUUUGAGAUUUUUCAUUUCAUUUUCUUGUGAUUAAAACAUAUGUACAAAUUUAUGCAAAACAUCAUUUAUUGUUUGAUUUUGCAAGACCUUUUCAUUAAGUAACCAAUCUCUUGUACUUGAAUUGAGCCAUUUACAGAGCUUUCCUGCAAGUAUUGUUAUUCUCACACCACGUUUUUUUAAAUGCGUCUUCUCCUUGUUUUGAAUGCUUACUUGUAUUUGAGCUGCCUUGUUGAAAGGUUCCAUACCCAUAAAUUUGCUUUGCCUUGCUUUGUUAGCAAAGAUGGGACCGCAGAGGUAUAUAGAAAUAAUACACAGGUUUUCUUUUCACUCGCUCUGAGCAGCAAAGUUCUUUUCUUUAUCUUCACCGUCUGUGAAAUAUGGUGCAGUUUAUUGUAUUGCAAGGAUAUGACACAUUUAUGAAUUUAUAUAGAGAGGAUAUUUAUGGAAACAGAUGAAAGCGCUGUAAGUCAUAGAGGGAAAUUGUGUUAAAAAGACCACAUUUGUGGCCACUGUAUUAAUAUAUCAUUUGAGCUGGAGCAAAAUGCAAUCACGGAGACCCAAAUGUUCUUUGUUUCAUGAGUGCCCUCUGAAAAAGAUUACUUUAGUGCUUUAUCGUGGGAUCCCUGAGGGGCAGAAUAGAUGCCAGGUCACUUUGAACCAAUUUUUAUCUCUUUUAGUUUUUGCACAGUGGAGGAUAGAUGAUACUUAUACGAAUUCUUCACAUAAAAUAAAGCAUAUACUGACCUUUUUGUUGAUACCAUAAAAAUACAGCAUGGACCAUUACGGAGCCUAAUACCCCAUGGACUCUCUAGCAGGCAGAGAUUUUUCUUAAGUUCUGUAUAUAACCUGGCUCUUUUUCUCUGCUGAUAUUUCUUCAUUGCCAUGGUUGACAGAGGAGAGGGAUGGGCCGGAGGCAGAGAGACCUGAUUUAAACUGAUUUGUUGGCAACUUUAUUUGUUUGAUUGAUUGAUUAUAUUGUCUUUUUCUGCCCUCACCAUUUUCAGUUGUGACAGGCAAUUUUGUUUUCUCAUUUGAUUGAAUGUUUGAUUUUAUUUUACUGUCAUAAGUUUAACCAUAUGUCAGCUGUGAAAUAUUCACAUUUCAUUGGAUAGUUGUCACACUUGUACAAUAACAUCGUGUUUUGAGUGCAUUAUACUGCAACUUGUCUCAUAUUUGUUUUUUUUGCCGUAAUGAAUUGCAUUUCCAAAGUAAUGGAUGAUGGAUGAUUCAUAAAAUCCUACUUGGUCACUUUUUACCAUGUACUUCCUCAUUUUGUUUUUCCAUAUUACACUAAAUAUCAGGUAAAGUGUUUACUUGGGUUGCACAAGAUGUUUUCAGUGGUGAUUUAUUUCACGUACUGGUGCAGCAUUACAUUGAAGUUCCACUACUUUUACACGUUGUUUGAUUUUAAAUGCUACAUAAUAUUCACAUAUUUUUGCUGUAUUUUCACUGAACUGGACAAUUUACCACCCUUUUGAUGAAUUGCUUUUCUUUUUAACUUCUUUUUUUUAAAACUCUGAUUCCACCAAAGAAUAAAUAAAAACUGAAACUGA